UGACCACAGACAACAAAAAUCAAGAAACUUGACUUAAGUGGGUCCUGGCAGGCUAUAUGGUGGCUGGGACCUUCCAUUUAGAUUGGCCUCGGGUUAAUCACGACCAAACAUUGGACAGGAACAGGAAGAUAAUCAAAGACCUUGCAAGAAAAAGGAGAAAGGAAAACCACAAGAAAACAAGAAAGAAAGAUGGUUCAAGCAAUUUCAACAUCGUCCUGGAACCUUCUCUCACAAUCCCAUGGCUCCAUCUCUACUCUUUCUCGUCUCAAUCUGCAUCAUGCCAAUCACGUACAGACUUUUGUCCACAGAAUUUCCACCGGCGUUCAAUGUAAAGCGGUGGAACUCCCGCUGCCUGCAGCAUCAGAAACUCAAAUCCAAAACAAGAAGGUAAGGAAGAGCCAGUUUGGGAUUGAGAAUCUAACAUCUUGGCUCUUGAAGCAAGAACAAGCAGGCAAUAUUGACGCUGAGCUCACGGUUCUCUCAAGCAUCUCCCUGGCUUGUAAACAGAUAGCUUCACUGCUCCAAAGAUCAAGCAUUAUCAAUCUCACCGGCGGUCAGGGUACUAUCAACAUCCAAGGUGAGGAUCAGAAGAAGCUGGACGUUAUAUCCAAUGAGUUGUUCUGCAACUGCCUAAGAUCAAGUGGGCGAACAGGGAUUAUUGCAUCAGAAGAAGAUGUACCUGUUGCAAUUGAAGAAACUUAUUCUGGAAACUACAUUGUUGUCUUUGAUCCUAUUGAUGGAUCCGCCAACAUUGACAGUGCAUGGACUACUGGAUCCAUCUUUGGCAUUUAUGACCCUGACAAGCAAUGCCUUAUCGAUCUCGACGACACCUCUACGCUUGAUCAAGCAGAGAAGUGCAUCAUCAACGUUUGCCAGCCAGGGAGCAAUUUGUUGGCUGCUGGCUAUUGUCUAUAUUCAAGCUCUGUGGUUUUCACCUUCUCCAAAGGGAAGGGGGUGUUUGCAUUCACCCUAGAUCCCGCUUAUGGAGAUGUGUUGACACAUGAGAAUAUCAAAAUACCAGAGUCGGGCAAAAUUUACUCUUUCAAUGAAGGGAAUUAUGACCUCUGGGAUGAAAAACUGAAGCAAUAUCUCGACCACCUUAGCCAACCAGGAACCGAUGGCAAACCAUAUUCUGGCCGCUAUAUAGGCUGCCUUGUUGGUGAAAUCCAUCGAAUGCUUCUCUGUGGAGGUAACUACGGCAAUCCUAAGAACAAGAAGAGCAAAAAUGGAAAUCUAAGGCUACUGUAUGAGUGUGCACCGAUGAGCUUUAUAGUAGAACAAGCCCGUGGCAUUGCAACAGAUGGUGUUCAAAGAAUUCUUGACAUCAAACCCCAGCAGGUACACCAGCGUUCACCUAUUUUCAUUGGAAGCCCAGCUGAAGUUGUGAAAUUAGAAAGCACUUGGCUUGAGUCCUGGCGUAUAACUUUCCAACUCUGUUCCUUGUUAUGAGCAUUUUUCCGAGCAUAAAAUGAUGAUAUGCAAGAGAAAAUAAUCAUCAAUUAAAGAAUUACGAUAUUACACAAUCAAAGUGCUAAAAGCAUCCUCCACGGGCAGCCUAGAUGAUUAAUUUAGAAAACACUGAAUUCAGUUAA